AUGCACGAGAAAGGCGUUGUGCAAUGUGAUAUGGGCUGUCUCAACAUCCUUCUGGGCAAGAAUGAUUGUAUAAAAUUCUGCGAUUUCGGCGGAUCAUCAAUCGACGGCUCCAUCCCUCGAGCAGAGCCCGAUACCGAUUUUCAACGGCCUGGAAGAGACGACGAUACGCCAGAUAUACAAGACGACCUGUGUCAUCUCGGCAGCAUCAUCUUUGAGAUCUGGACAGGGAGCCCUCCUUCCUGGAGCGAACCCCCUAUGGACCGCCAACGACGAUUUCCAGAUUUCGUUGGUGUUCUUCCUUCUGCUAUUAUUACGAAGUGCUGGCAGGGCAACUAUCAUUCAGCUACGGAGAUUGUCACAGCACUGGAAGCACUCCGAGAAGAGACGAAUGCGUGA